GGGGGGGAUGUGGAUGAGGCGGGCGAGGAGGGUGGUGGUGGGAUCGGACCUCCCAAGCGGGAAUCGGAGAUUGAACGGGCGGAGGAGAUCACACCGCCAUCCAAGCCGAGGGGAGAAGACGAGCUCGCAGCGCAGAUGGGAUCGGAACCGGGGCCGGAACUGCCGUCGCCAGCGCCGCCCACGGUGGGAUCGGGGAAGCCCAUCGCAACCCCUUCCGAACCACCACUCUCGCCACCUGAACCGAUCUCACAACAACCCAAACGCAUCCCGCGCCCACCCCCGGUUUUUAAACCCUCCCCUCCACAACAACAACAACAACAGCAACAACCAGCAGCAGCACAACCGACCACGGACCCACCCGCGCCGUACUACCCAUACCCAUACCCACCCUACGCAUACCCCUACCCCCAUCCCUACUACGCCUACCCCCCCUUCCCACAUCACCAUCACCAACAUCAACAUCAACACGCGUACCCACCCCACCCGCAACCAUACAUCUACCCACCCUAUGCCCCACACCCACCGUGCAAUGCGUGGGGACCGACGCAGAGGGAGGCGUGCAGGGAAUGUGGAAGGGAGGACCAAGCGCGGAGUCGGAGUCGGCGAAGGAAUCACCAUACACCCCACCCCCACCACGAUCACCAUCAACAGCACACCCACCACCACCAUGCACACGAAGACCCAGGCGAGACAUGGGCUGCACCCCGCUCACCGUCCCGCUCACGGUCCCGCGCGACGUCCCACCGCUCCACAUCGACGUCGGGGGGCAGUCCCGCCCCCGUGGAGCCGCGGGGUCGGGGUCGGAGUCGGAGCCCCCCCCCACGUCCCACCACAACCUCAUCUCCCCCCGUCUCGAUUCCCAUCCCGCCACCAUCAUCCCUAGACGCAAACCUGACGACGCUCCGCGACCUGAUGACCACCCACCUCAGCUACAUCCAAACCUACGUCGCGGCGCACACCGCCGUCGCCGCCCUCCCCUCGCGCUCGUUCGCCUACACCACGUUGGAGGAGACCAAGGAGGAGGAAUGGGAGACGGGUGCGGACGUGGGAGGAGGCGUUGCGGGAGGUUGAGUUGGAGGAGGAGCGGGAGAGGGGGAGGUGAUCCGUGGUUGGGAGGAGAUGUAUUUUUUGCGUGGGCGAAGGAGGUGAUGAACAACCGCGGACUGGUGGACUUGGAACAUCCCGAUGUGCAAGCGAUUCCACCGAUGGGGAGAAGAUGGAGUCAUGA